CUGACGUCAUCAUUCAAUCAUUACACAAUUUUCCAAGUCCACCGGCAAGGCAACGACUCUCUGACUUGUCUCCAAAUUUUGUAAUCUAACCCUUAUGAUGUCUGACUACAUGAGGAUAGCUGGGGCCAUUGUCUUGCCCAACCUUGGGGGAUUUGCAUCGAGCAUGGUCCAGAAACCUGAUAAGAUGGCAUGGUAUGACACCCUGAAGAAACCCUGGUGGACCCCUCCUAAGAAGGCCUUUGCACCUGUCUGGAUAUCUCUCUACGCAGCCAUGGGAUAUUCUUCGUACCUCGUCUGGAAAGAUGGAGGUGGUUUUGAAGGCGAUGCCUUGGUCCCACUUUGUAGCUAUGGAGCAUCGCUCGCCCUCAACUGGAUUUGGACUCCAGUAUUUUUUGGAAUGCACAAGAUGGGAUUGUCUGUAGCCAUCAUCCUAGCUUACUCUGGCCUAAGCUGUGUGAAUGUAGCCUUGUUCUACCCCAUCAAUCGGACCGCAUCCAUGCUCCUCGUACCCCUCCUUGGCUGGCUCUCCAUCGCAUCUAGCGUCAACAUCUACACUUGGCUAAACAACAGAGAAACCAAGACAGAAUAAUAUCAAUUAUUAUCUCGUGUAAUGUAAACAUAUACAUUUUUGUGUGAUGAAUCUGUGUGUAAUAAAGAGGGUGUGUUCACAUCAGUCUGGCUUUUCCUGGGGCUGGUUGCAUGAAAUGGUCUUUUCAAGGACUUUUUUGGGUUGAUUUAUUAUGAUGCGCCAUAUAAAAUGCCUUUUUAACAAAUUAUUUGCCAACAUUUGUUUAUUUCUCAUUAAAAUGAAUGAAUCCAUUGUUAAUAAAUAUAUAUUAUUUCAUAAUAUGAAUAUGGAUUUCAAAAGUUUGCGAAAUAAUUUUGAUAUUUGGCAAUAAAUUUACAAAUUGCGUCAUAUGGUACAUCAAAAUAAAUGGGUGACACAAAAGACCUUCCUUUUGAAGACCCUUUUGUGCAAUCAGCCUGGAAGGUAUAUUAAAUUAAAAAUCAAAUUUGUACGAGGUCUUGGGCUGUAUGUUUCACAAGAUGCUAAGAAUAUCACAUUUAUGCCAUGUACAGUUAAUCCCUUUUAGCACUGCCAGAUACUUGAUUGAUUAUACAUUCAACUGGACAGAUUAUCCUUUUACAUAAUAAUCUCAACUUUCUCAAGCAUACAUAUAUCUUCCAUGAUAUUUUGAUUGACAGUUUCUAUUCAAAGUGUUUAUAUCCAUCAA